UAUCAGUAUUUUAUGUACAAGAAAAAAGACAUAAUUACACAUUAAGCAUUUUUUUAAUACAUUUAAACAAUUGACAGCUUUACCUUCAUUCAUAGUGAUUGUUUUUAUGAUUUCUCGUCAAUUUAUAACGUCUGCCAAAAUGUCUAAACUCUUGUCAUUAGAUUUUGAAGUAUUUGGAACAGUGCAGGGUGUCUUCUUCAGAAAGUAUACUCAAAAGAAAAGUCAGGAGUUAGGUUUAAAAGGCUGGUGUAUGAAUACGGAUAAUGGAACUGUAGUUGGACAACUGGAGGGUGAACCAACAAAAGUGGAAGAAAUGAAACGUUGGUUGCAAUCUACAGGAAGCCCUCAGUCAGCCAUCGAGAAAGCAAUAUUUCGGAAUGAAAAAGAGAUCACAAACCCAUCCUUUACAAGCUUCGAUAUCAGAAAAUAAUUUUUCAAAGUACGAAAUGAAAUUGUUAGAGUUGCCUUAUUUAUUUGGAUAUCAGGAUUUCUUUUGCCAAUAAUGCAAGAUUAUUUAUCCUCUGCUUUAAUCGCACAAUGAGAAAUAUGUCAUAAAUAAAAUUACAAUAACAUUGCUUAAUAUAGUUUUAGUAUAAUUUUUCAAAGUUUAAAUAUCGAAUUUUCUUUUUAUCAAAAGUUAAUAUCGUCAGGAGGCAAUAAACAUUAAAUAUUAUAAUC